AUGGAAAGGAUUAUUAAUACAGUACUGAUUCAAAGGAUAUGUUUGAGAAAAAAAAAUAGAAAACUGUGUUGGUACCGAUGGGUGGAGUGGAAGAUUUUCAAAUAUCGGUGUGCAUUCCAAUUUUCAAGUACAAUUUCUGUUUAUUUUCAAAUUGCCUUGUUUUUAGACGCUGUUGACGCUCCUGUAUAUCUUUUCCGAUGUAGCGGCAAGCAUGAUAAACAGGACAGCCGUAUGUGGGAACAAGAAAUAAAGGAGAUCACCAGCAUAGUUGACGUUUCUAUGGAGAAUGCAAACCAGCUAUUGCAAGCUCCAGAUAUGCAUCAAAUCUGUCUCGACGUUCCCCAUCGGGCUAGCGAAUGUUGUUUGGCAGCUCAGAACGCUGUGCAAGCGUGUGCUCGCAUUGCAGAAGAACAUCGCCUUAUGCUCCAAGUAUUAUAUUCAAUAACUGUUGCUUUUUUUUGGCGGAACCUUGCUUUCUCCCUUUCAAUACUUACAUUUUUAUGGCUGGGUGGCACUAGUGAACAAUAUGGACUCGUCUGUGGCCUUACUGAGGAAACGAGCAUCGCGACUCUUGCAGCAAAUGGAGAAGGUACUUGCAAUCUGUUCAGCGGUGUCACAGCAUUCACUUUUGAAACAAAUGUGAACCUUUUGAUUACUACACAUAGCAUAAGCGUACAUAAUUGUUAUUUUCAUAAAACCCUUUUAAGAAAUGGUUUCUUGUCUAUUUUGAGUGUUGCGUGA